UAUUGUACUAUCUAGUAAUGAAACCACCUCAACAAUACGCACCAACUUUCAUUGGUGAGAUUCCUUUAGGACCAUUUCGAGUGGAAGAAUACAGAUCAACAAACUUUUUCAAUGAUUAUGUUGAUGCCAUUAUUGACUAUUAUUAUACUCUGAAUACGAGUGAUUAUAUUCCAAGUAAAGUCAUAUUCACCCAAGAUAGAAGUGAUGAUUACUAUGAUCGCGUGGACGCUCCCCCUCAAGUCGAAGUAACCCUCAUUAAUUACCAAGACAGUAACAUUGAUUAUGAAGAUCGAUUCGACGUUUCUGGUUGCUAUGAACAACCUGGAAACUUCACUUGGUUUCAACUUCUCUUUUCAAACCCUUAUACGAGUGAAUACAAUCUUGAACAAAUCAAAGAUGAAACAGAAGAAUACUUGGCUUCAUUCAUUCCAAUAACUCGAAUUGGUGAAAUUCAUGCACAACAAGCUGAUUAUAAUAUAUAUGUUACUGUUAAGCUUUAUGAUCGUGUACAUUUCAUUGAGGCUUAUCGUCGUUUUUUUAACAGAAAAAUUAUGAAUCCUUCAAAUAUCGUAAAACGAUUCAAAGUCGAGGAUUGUGAACAACUGUGCAGUUCAACUCAAAAUUGUUUCCAUUUUAGUUAUUGUUCGGAUUAUGAUUGUUCAAUUUUUGUUCAAACAAAUCUUUAUUAUGAGAAUGCCGACACAGCCCACAAAGAGGACUGCAAAUCUUAUUCAAGAGAUUCAAAGGUUGAUGUUACACCAUUGGUUAGAACAAAUUAUUUGUCGACAAUACCACACGUAUUACAACAGAUAAGGAAUAAAGUCUCAGCAGGCGAAUUUCGUUUAGACAGUAUUGGACUAUCAGCUGAAGAUUUGUUCGUUGUGAGUGGGCCUGAAGAGAUUGGCGGUAUUUCUCAGGAACUACAUUUGAGGGGUUCCAGGCCAUUGAGAACUGAUGAUUUUCCGAUGAUAAACACUAAUCGUCUUUUCAAUGAAGCACAAUUCAAGAUGGAGAAAAGUACCCUUCAAGAUUGUUUCAUGGCUUGUUUAAAUGACGAUGAUUGUAAUACACUUUCAUAUUGUAUCGAUCAGAAUAAGGAAUGUAUUCUGAGUGGAGAAACAUCGAGUUCAUUGAAAGACGCACUUGAUGACAAAACAAGUCAUGCAGAUGGAUGCAACAUCUAUCAAAAAUCAUUUAUGAAUCUAUUCCAUGAGUAUCCUGGCAAAAGUCUAGUUCUUGAUGCCAUCUUAACCAUAAAAAAUGUACCAAUUGGUGACUGUGCUAAAAGAUGUGCUCAAUCAAAUGAUUUCAAUUGUGAAUCAUUUGACUAUUGUCAAGAUAAUGAUCAACGAAAUGAAACUAUUUGCUUCUUACAUGUUAACCACAUUGAGGUUGAUAAAGUUCAUCAAAUAAAUGCGACAAACUGGAAGUUGGCUGAAUCUGGAUGUUCCCAUUAUUCAAAAAAAUUUGAACUUGAUUAUGAACACAAAGUUGGACUUGCAUUGAAAGAUAAUAUGAAAGAAUCAAUUGUUGCAACCUUUGACCAUUUAUCAUUAGAACACUGUGCUUCCAGAUGCAAUUCAGAUCCUAAUUGUUUUACUCUUGAAUUCUGUGAAACAAUUUAUUAUAAGAAAAUUGCCGAUAGUAGUGUUCCGUUAACGAGUUGUUCAUUGACCAACUUGAAGCCAAGUAAUGCCAAUCAACUUGGGCUCUUUGAAGAAACAAAAAGCAACAAAAUUUGUUCAAUUUACAUAAAUCACAAUAAGAUCACAGGAAAAAGUAAAACUGAUCCACAGCCAUCUGCAUUAAUAACUAAAUCUGAAUCAUCAACUAAAUCGGGCAAUUUGAAGAUAGCAAUUGGAUUGGGGACAAUAGUCUGCUUAAUGGCGUUUGUUGGUGGAUUCAUUGGAUAUAAAUUUGCUGCUAAAAAAGGAGUCAUUUCAUAAACUAACUUAUCAGAGGAAAACUGAAGAUGAAUGUUUAUGAAUCAUUCAUUCUUGAUCAACAUGAUACAUUUUUGCAAUAUAUUAUGUAGUUUAUUUUGUAUCAAUGCAAUGUAAUGUAGCUCUUUAUAAUACUUUUUAUACUUCAAUGCUUCCAAAGGUCUUGUUUGUUCUGGUAUUGCUUUUUAAAACGAUAUAAAUAAUAUUAUC